AUGAUACACAAGCUUAUAUCUUCCCGGAUCAACAAAAACUCGAGUAUUUCGUCCAUUACAUCCCUCAUUUCUCUCCCAAACGAAAUACUUCUUCUAAUUUUCGAAUCACUUGACAUAAUUUCCCUUCUCGCUCUUUCCGACACAUGCAGACGAUUUAAUGCUUUAUCAUAUACUCGACUCCUUUCAUUAUUCGCAUCGCCAGACCUUACAUUAAAAUUCUCACUCAACCAAGAAUACAAAUGGCAACCCCAGGUUGAUUUAUCCUUCUCACACUUUGACGCCGAUACCCAAAAUCUGGUCUUUAAACCCAAAAGUCAGACAGCGCUAACAUUCUACAACUCGGCAGUUUUGCGCAAACCUAAUCUGUGCAAUAUAAGCCUGAUUCAAGGGAUCAACGAAAAUGGAGAACCACGUUCGUUAAAAGAGAAUUUGCUGCAAAAGUCAUAUUCACUCUCGAUUAAGCCAAUCGGAACAUUCCAGCAGAUACAUAAAGUCUAUCGAAGAGGAAAGGGCACUAAGCAUAUGCCCUUGUCGUAUACAUUCUCAUACACUGUAAGCCCUCCAACAGAAGAAUCGUUAUCAAAAACGGGCAACAGGGAAAGAUUGAUUACACUCAUCGAAUUCUCUUGCCCUGUUGGGUUUUUCUAUCCGCAAGCAACAACUGCUCAGAAGAUCAUUGGAAACCUAUUUGGUAGACGGCGAGGGAAAAAGAAAGUAAAGAAGUUGUCAACCACGACAUUAAUCGACAGUAAAAUCCAUUUGGAUAAGAGCUGCGAACAGACGAGCGAAAUCGCACGUGCCCUCGAGUUGAUGGUGGUGAAUAUAUGA